AUGUUAAGGUUAACAACUAUAGGAUUAAAUGGUACUUCAAGAAGUAUUAAUAACCAAAGAGUUAUAAAAUCCGUCAUAGGAUUAAGAUUUAAUUCCAAAAAAUCAAAGAAGGAUAAUCAACAAAUGGAUUUAAGUCAAAUUCCUAUCAAAAGUGUUGGGGCCAUAGUUGAUUUCUAUAUUCCUCCUCCAAUCUUUUCAAGUCCUAUUAAAUCAUGGGCAAAUUUAAUUUUAAGAAGAAUGGGAUUAUUUGUCAUAAAUACUUAUUCAGUGGUCAAAUAUAAACAAGAUACUAAAUUAAAAUUAAAAUUUUAUGAUUGGAAAGAAGAUGCUAUGCAAAAAUUUGUUAAAGCUAAUAAAGUAUUCGCUUCAGGAUGUAAUUUACCUGCAAGUAAAAGAUCAGAUUAUAUCAAAAUGCAAUUAGAGAACAAUACUGGAUCAUUGGUUCAAAAAAAAUUAAUUGAAAGAGCUAAAACUUUCCCUAUUUCAGGUAAAUUAUCAUGGGAUUUAGUUAAAGUAGUUAAAAGUCCAAAAAUUGUUUCAUUCAUGGUUAUACCUGAUGGUAAUAAUAUUGCAACUUUCAUCCAAUUCGUUAUGAAAGUUCGUACCAAACAAAAAGUUUCCUUCAAUGACGGAACAAAUAAUAAAGAAACUGAAAGAGUCGUUGAUGACUAUUUAGUUUAUACCUUAAACCCUUAUACUGAUGAAUUAGUAUUAGUAGGAACAGUUUUUGAAUCCGAUCAUUUAAGAAACUUACAAGGAGAAACAUCUCAAAGCAUGAAAUUAAUGAAUGCAUUCCAAGAUCGUUGUGCAGAUAUUUUCAGAUCUAAUCCUAACAAAGAUUAA